GUUUCCUUGCUUUACCGGGGACAGCGCGAGUUACGUUAUCCUUGAUCUGUCCAAUCAGUAAUCUUUAGCGGCAAGACUAAUUUUGUGCAAGCCGGCAAGUGAAUUUAUUUCAUAUUCGAAUACUAAUCCUACUGUUACUGUUCUUCCCAGUCCAAUUUCCCGCAAGAAUAAAUUCAGAUGUAUCGUUUACCAGCAGCAUUGAGAACAACCGCUUUGGUUAAAGCUAAUAGAUUGAAUAAUGUGCAGAGGUGGUAUGCUAAAGACGUAAGGUUUGGUGCUGAAGUAAGGGCUCUCAUGUUGCAAGGAGUAGAUGUGUUAGCCGAUGCUGUAGCUAUUACUAUGGGUCCAAAGGGUCGAAAUGUAAUUAUUGAACAAUCUUGGGGUUCACCUAAAAUUACAAAAGAUGGCGUCACUGUAGCCAAGGGUGUAGAACUUAAGGAUAAAAUUCAAAAUAUCGGUGCCCGUUUGGUUCAAGAUGUAGCAAAUAACACAAAUGAAAAAGCUGGUGAUGGCACAACUACAGCUACAGUUCUAGCUAGAUCUAUUGCUAAGGAUGGUUUCGAUAAUAUCGGCAAAGGUGCAAACCCUGUUGAAGUUAGGAAAGGAAUUAUGUUGGCUGUGGAGAAAAUUACAGAAACUCUCAAAUCCCUGUCUAGACCAGUCACAACUCCUGAAGAAAUAUGUCAAGUAGCUACAAUUUCCGCCAAUGGUGAUAGCGCGAUUGGAUCUCUUAUUUCUGAUGCUAUGAAGAGGGUUGGAAAAGAGGGUGUCAUCACAGUUAAAGAUGGCAAGACUCUCAGUGAUGAAUUGGAGGUUAUCGAGGGUAUGAAAUUUGACCGUGGAUACAUUUCACCUUAUUUCGUCAACACAUCUAAAGGUGCAAAGGUUGAAUACCAAGAUGCUCUUUUGCUGUUGAGUGAAAAGAAAAUCUCUUCAGUUCAAAGCAUUGUUCCUGCCUUAGAGUUGGCAAAUGCUCAAAGAAAACCAUUGGUCAUCAUUGCCGAAGACGUUGAUGGUGAAGCUUUAACUACUUUGGUAGUCAACAGGUUGAGAAUUGGAUUACAAGUAGCUGCAGUUAAAGCCCCAGGUUUUGGAGACAACCGCAAGGCAACUCUGCAAGAUAUGGCAAUCGCUACUGGUGGAAUCGUUUUUGGAGAUGAAGCUAACGUAGUCAAACUAGAAGACAUUCAAUUGGCUGACUUGGGUCAAGUGGGAGAAAUUGUGAUCACCAAAGAUGAUACUUUGCUUCUCAAAGGUAAAGGCAAAAAAGACGAUAUUGACAGACGCGCUGAGGCUAUCAGGGAUCAGAUCGAGGAUACAACUUCUGAAUACGAGAAGGAAAAACUUCAAGAAAGAUUGGCAAGACUCGCUUCUGGAGUUGCCGUUUUGAAAGUUGGAGGUAGCAGCGAAGUUGAAGUUAACGAGAAGAAGGAUCGUGUGACGGACGCGUUGAACGCAACAAGGGCUGCCGUCGAAGAGGGCAUUGUACCCGGUGGUGGAACCGCCCUGUUGAGAUGUGCCAAGAGCUUGGAUUCUGUUAAGACAUCAAACAGCGAUCAAGCUAAUGGUGUUGCCAUUGUUAAACGUGCCUUGAGGGUACCCUGCAUGACUAUUGCGAAGAAUGCUGGCAUGGAUGCAACACAAAUUGUGGUCGAAGUUGAACAGAAAGGAGGCGAUAUUGGAUAUGAUGCUCUCAACAAUGAAUUUGUUAACAUGUUUGAGAGGGGAAUCAUCGAUCCUACCAAGGUUGUGAGGACAGCCAUCACCGAUGCCUCGGGAGUAGCAUCCCUCCUAACCACUGCAGAAGCAGUCAUCACAGAAAUUCCAAAGGAAGAGCCAGCAGUACCUGCCGGUAUGGGAGGUGGAAUGGGAGGUAUGGGCGGUAUGGGUGGAAUGAUGUAAAGUGAUUUCAUCCUUCCGCUGCGAAAUUCAUCUCAUUUUCCUUCAUCGAAUAAGACAUUAGUUUACGUACAAUAAAGUAUGUAUGAGAGUGAGUGUUGAGAGGACUCCCAGUGACUGAGAACUUGACCGAGAGUUUUUAUUACAUUUUGGUCAAAAUAUGGGAGUUUAUGUUAAGUUCAAUAUUCGUGGCAGCAUUUUCCUCACUUUAACACGAAUAUACAUGUAUGAAUUUCAUUGACUCUUUGUGUUUGGUAUGUUUUGAUUACCAUAAAGGAUUUUGUUCUAGCCAAACGAUUUCAGUGAUCUGAGAAUAUUUUUGUAAUAGAACAAACUUGCAUUUUUUUAAUGUUUGUAAGAUUGCAUGUAGAGAAGUUGUUAAUAUAUUGUUAUUUUUUA